AUUAUCACAGAUUGCAUAAAAUAGUUUGUUGUGCAUUGUGCACAAAAUUAUAGACUAUAGUUGCAACCUGCGAUGAUUCCGUCCAUGUAUAAGUCUAUCUGAGUAAAUAUUAGGCCGUACCUUUUCAAAACUUUACUGUCAUAUAGGUACGAUAUACUACUACAGUGAAUAGUGAGUGGUCUUUCUUUUCAUUUCGCUUCGCCUUCCGGAAAGGACUUUCGAGUUGGACGUGAAAAUAGCCACUGAAAUUUUAAAAAUGGCGACGGCGUCGGUGUCCGUAGAAUUUCAAAACCUCACAUUGUCUGAGUGCUUCGACCAAGGCCUGUCGUCUUACGAGAGUAUUUGCGAGUCUACUGAGCCGGCCAAGGAAUCGGGAACGCAGUACAGGAUAAUAAAAUGUAUGAAAAUAUUAGAGCACACUACACAACUCGUAUCCGCGGCUGGCAUGUUCAGCGACAAUGAGACCAUUGAAGAGAUACCAACGACCGACGUCAAAUACAUGUUACUGCCAUUCAUGUUGGGGUCUCUGGCACUGAAACUCACAAACAACGGCAACAGAUUGGAUGUCGUCAAAACAGCUGAAGUAUAUUUCAGAGAUUAUCUCCAGAGGUGUAAAGAUUAUGGAUUGGCUGACCAUACUAUACCACCUGUGUACACAGACUCUGAAGAAACCACUACAAAGGCCACUAUGGACUUUUCUCUCAUGGCUCGUAGGCGUGCCGAAAAAAUUAAGAGUUACAAGGAACAAAAAUUAAUGGAAACUCAGUUACAGCUGUUGAAGGAACAGAACGAACGCGAGUCUGUUGAUGACGAAAUGAGAAGAAAGUACAUAGUCUCUUUACUGAAAUACAAUAUUGGUAAGGCUUUGGAAGAAUUAGAUUCGCUUCAAGCCGAAAUGAGAAUUUUACACUAUAAAUUGAAACAUGAGGAUAAAGACAACCCUGAAAAUGCAAAAUCUCAAAAGAUCAAACCUAAACCGUUAAUGCCUAUUAUUAUCACAAAAAAUGAGUUACAAAAACAAGUAUUUGGUGCUGGCUAUCCGAGCUUGCCAACAAUGACAGUUGAAGAAUUCUGUCAAAAACGUAUCAAUGACGGAAUAUGGCAUUUACCUACAGCAGAUAAUACCAAGUGUUUACAACAACUGUCUGAAGCUCCAGAACCAGAACAAGAAGAUAAAGAAGACAAAAUCAAUGAGGAAGAAGAAGAAAACGAAAGACAACGACUAAAUGCUCGCGACGAGUACAAAGAUGACCAUCGCCGAGGAUGGGGUAAUAGGCAUAAUAGAAGUUAAAGGACCUGAUAAUUUAAAAUUAGAUUUUGUAUAACACUAAAUUACCAUGUUUAUUAAUUAUUACUAUAAUAUUAUCAUCUAAUAAAUACUAUAAAUUACUACAUUAGAUAUUCCUAAUUUAACAAGGUAAAAAGGUAAUUUAUUUUUAAUAGUUCAUAAGUAUUAACUUGAUAACAAUUCUCUUAGGUAUAAGUAAUACUAUAAUGAGAGAAGGUGAAGCAACUUUAUAACAUUAGCAUUGACUACUAGCUAGUAUUUAUAGGUAUAUUAGCAUCUCGUCUAAAUAACCUACAUUUUCCUUGAUUCAUAAAUUUAUUGAUUUUACAAUGAUGUGUUUUUUUUGUCUGUGUGUGGAUACGAUAAGUAUUCAAAAUAAUACUUUAAUUUUCAACUUCAGUAUCUUUUUCGGUAGUUUUCAAAACAGCUUGAAUAAACAAAAAAAAAUUAAGGAUAAUGAGAAUUUGUACGGAAAAUUAGUUUUCGAUAAAAUCAAUUUUGAUUUUUGGUGUAACUAUUAAGAAGCGUAAUAAGGUAGCCCAUCUUUUUUUAUUUACUAAUUGUUUUAUUGUUUAAAAAUUAGUAUUAAUUGUAUUUAUUAAUCAUUAAUAACUCAAAAGUAGUUUAUAUUUGUCCAUUUUUUCCCAGGCGAAGUUUAGAUUUGAAUAUAUAUUAAUGUAUAUAUUUUAAUUUUUACUAAUAGAUUAGUAAUAUAAUAGGCUGAUUGACUUCUUUACUCAGAAUCGUUUUUCCUAUACAAACAGCACGGGGUCCGCGAUCUACCGCAGGUAGAUUACCUUCCUGACAAUAUACUGCUGGGAAUCACAAUUUUGAUUCCGGGCAACGAAAAAGUUAAGAUAAAAUUUUGAACGCCAUACAGUACACAUCGAAUAUUAAAUGACGAAUUGAACAAAGUUUAAGUCAUAUGGAGUUGGUACAUUUAAUAGGCAACAAAGUGCACGGUAUCAGUUAGUAUAAUAAUAUAAUAACCCCACGAACAUGUAGUAAUUAUAUGUAGUAAUUAUUAUAGCGUAUUUAGCAUUACGGUGGUGGACGCGGGAUAGGCAGGAUUGAUAGUUUAGUCCCAAAUGACCGUUUUUUGGUUAAUUGGUCACGGGAAAGAGGCUAGUCCAUUCAUCCCUUUUUUUAAUAUACAAUAAUACUUAUAAGAAGAUAGGUACAUUUCAAAAUUAUGGUAGAUAUAAAUUGUAAAUCAAAAAUAACUUAUGGUAUGAAUUGAUAUCUAUAGUUUAUUUUUAUUAUUAUUUAUUUAUUUUAUUUAACGAUUGACUUAUUAUAAUAUACCUAUUUAUACUUCACUAA